AUGAGUUUGAAAGUUAACGAAUCGUUACGCUUUGACAACGAAGUUGCCAUUGGAGUUGCGAGGAGUUUGGUGAUUCCUAGGGAUGUGCGUGUGCUGGAAGCAAGGGAUGACAACUGGUUAGUGAGCGAUGCCACGACACUGAGUGUGCAAAGUGCGGAAUCUAUCGCAAGUGUGGGGCAUCACCUCAUUGCGAAAUCUCAUGAAGCGCAAGUACUGAGAGCUCAGUUGGCGGCAAAACGGAAUUUGGUUGAUGAGUGUCAGCGUGAGAUCAAAAGAUCGAAAAAGGAUAGGGCAAAGACGACAAAGGAGAAUCGACCCCAACUUGGGAUAUUGCAGGAAGAGAAUGAAGAGCUAUCAAAGGUGGUAAAUUUUUAUUCUAAAGACAUGCAAAAGCAGUUGGAAGCCUUGGAGAACCCAGGAAAGCGCAAGCGAGAUCAAGAGAAGAGUUCAAGAGAGAAGGGUGUGAUCUUUGGAGGCUCAAGUGAUGAGCCCCAAGAAGCGAUGUGUGAAAACCCAAGAGAGGAUAUCGGGAGGGCCAAACUAAAGUUUCCUGCUGUGGAAAAAUGA